AUUGUUGAGACUGUGUUGGUAGCAUGACAGUUGUGAUAAAUGAUUGGAAGGUUGUAUACAGAAUUUUGUCUGUCAUAAGUUUUUUUAAAAGAUGAAACUCCAAGACUAGGUGAGCGUAAGUCAGAUUCUUAGUAUAAGAGCUCAAGGUAGCUGUAACACUACUAAAACAAGCUGGAGAGAAGUAUUUGAUGUAGUGGAAAUGGUCAGGCAAUAAGUCUGGAUAUCACAACCAGCGUAAUCCCGUGUAUAAGAAAUAUUUAAUGGCAGUGCAAUCCAGGCAAGGAGUAGUAGGCAUUAGAUUAAACAAUAAUUAAUCAGGUUACUUCUUCUGUGCUUUGUUCUUUUGCCUGCAGUUAUCUUUUAAGCUACAUUGGUUCUGGCUACAGUUGUCAUAUCAUACAGUUUUGAUAUUAUACAGUUUUCAUAUCUGCAUCUAUUUGUAAAGUAGUUAAUUUGCUGGUCAUAAGCUUCUUUUAUCUAUUCUGAACAAUAAGCACUUACAAGCUAGACUUUUGAAAAGGGUUUAUUUUUAAAUAGGCUCUUAAGAGGCAAAUAAACAGUGCUGCAUCCCAAACUAUGCUUUCAAACCUAACUUGGUACAUGCUAUGUCUUGGAAGGAUUGCUUUUCUUUAUGGAAUAUUUGAAAGUGUUCUGGAUCCUUUGUAGCCAUAGUGCACAGAAAGUCUUACUGGUGAUCAUUGUUUUCUGCAUUUUUCAGAUUGAAUUAUAAAGCACAAAUACAUUGUUUACAAGAGGUUUUAGGGAAGUGAUGUAUGAAGCGAUACUUUAUCCACACCAUAAUCAGAGCCCCGAGGAAGGAAAAGUUCUGAGUUGCUCAGUCUUCUGGAAAAUUCUGGCUAAAUUCACUGAUGAGUGUUGCGGUUUGAAUUUGUUUCCAAUUCCAGUCCAUCCACUAGAGAUUUAAAUUUUAAUCUGUGUUGUUUUGGCUAAAUCCAGAGUGUGAUUUAAAAUCAAACAAAGAGAUUGCAAAACGCAGAAGGGAGGGAUCUCAGCUCCUGAGGUAAGGGGGUACCUGUUUGGGAAAAGUUUGCAGGAUGUUAAGCUGAAAAAGACAACAGAACAGAAUGAAAAGGAACAGUUAACUGGAUUAUCAGUCUUCCACUUGAGACUUCCAGUAAAGUUUUACACAGAAAAAAAGAAGCUAUGAGCUGUAGAGAUUACCAUUAAAAGCAACAAAAAUAAAGCCAUAAAAACUGUUUUCUCAAGAUGCAAUCAGAGGGAUGCAGAAGAUCUUGGGAGUGACAGAGGAACAGGUGGAUAGUUGUAGUAGUAGAUGAAGUCUCUAAUCUCAUUGAUUUUCUUUCAGUAGUAUUAAGCAGUUAGAAGAAGUGCACUGAUAUGAGUUAAAUUGGGAGUAUACAGGUCAUAAAGGUGGUCAGUAGGGAGAAAAGAUGUGACAUAGAGCUAUAGAAAAUUAUAUAAGAAAUCAGUAGAAGAGAAAUGAUCAAGAGGGAAGCUAUAAAUGAGAUUUGGAAAGCAAUAGUGUUAUCUGAAAGGAAAUUAAAAUAUUGCUGUCAAUUAAGAAAUCUCUUUGUAAAUAGUGGUUGUUAAGGGCAAUUGGAAAGCAGUUUUGACAGUGUAUAGGAGAGGCAGAAAAUCGAGAGGAAAUGAGCAGGAAUGUGAAAGGUGAGAGUCACCAGAAGGUUGUAAAACAAAAAGAGUAUUUAAGACAUUCCAAAUGAAGCCAAAGAAGUAACAGGGAUGAUGCAGAAGGGAAGGACUUUGGACUAAAGGGGAGUGCGACAGCAAAAAUGAAGGAAUAACUGUCAGAGUCUAGAAGAAAGAAGCAUAUUCAUCAGAUAUGGAGGAGGAUACAAAGCCUCUCUUGAUUCCUGUAGGAGGCGAUGAAAGUAAUUAUGGAAUCAUGAAUAUACAGUUUAAUCCAGAAGAUUUUAAAUGCAAAAGACCAUUUCAUGUGGAGCCUACAAACAUAGUCAGCGCCAAUGAUGACAUGCAAAGAGUCUCUGACGAAGCUUCAGCAAUGAAUAAGCGGAUUCAUUACUAUAGCAGGCUCACAUCUCCUUCAGACAAGGCAUUGGUUGCUCCUGAUCACGUACUUCCAGCUCCUGAUGAAAUCUAUGUAUAUAGUCCGUUAGGAACUGCAUUUAAAGUUAACAGUUGCACAGAUGGCUAUGGUAAAAACUCCAGUAUAGUGACAAUAUUUGUGAUAUGGAAUACAAUGAUGGGCACGUCUAUAUUAAGUAUCCCAUGGGGAAUAAAGCAGGCAGGAUUUACUUCUGGAAUCAUUCUCAUCAUACUGAUGGGCAUUCUGACACUUUAUUGCUGUUUCAGAGUUGUGCAAUCACGAAAAAUGAUACCUUUAACAGAUACCUCAAACUGGGAAUUCCCAGAUGUUUGCAAGUAUUAUUUUGGAUCUUUCGGUCAGUGGUCAAGCCUGUUAUUUUCUAUGGUAUCUCUUGUUGGAGCCAUGGUCGUUUAUUGGGUGCUUAUGUCCAACUUUCUGUUCAACACAGGAAAGUUUAUAUACAACUUUGUUCAUGAUAUCAAUGUAACAGAUAUUGUUCCAGGCACAAAUGGAAGUAACAAAGUCAUUUGUCCAAAUGCUGCUAGUGAUCACCCACCACAGAACCAGAGUAUGAUAUUCUCUUCUGGGAACAGUACAGGUUUUCAGCUCUUCGAGGAGUGGUGGAGCAAAUCACAAACAGUACCAUUUUACUUGAUUGCUGUUCUUCUACCCCUGCUAAAUCUGAAGUCUCCAUCCUUCUUUGCAAAGUUUAAUGUCCUAGGUACGGUUUCAGUUAUCUACUUAGUUCUUCUGGUUACUGUAAAGGCUGCUCACCUGGGAAUUCACUUAGAAUUCAACUGGUUUACAGGGAAUGAAUUUUUUGUACCAGAAUUUAGAGUUCUGUUCCCUCAGCUCACAGGGGUUCUAACACUUGCCUUCUUCAUUCACAAUUGUGUCAUCACUCUUCUUCAGAAUAACAAGAAUCAAGAAAACAACGUGAGAGACCUCUCCAUUGCUUACUUCCUGGUGGGAUUAACAUAUCUGUAUGUUGGAGUAAUAAUUUUUGCAUCUUUUCCUUCUCCACCACUAUCCAAAGAAUGUAUUGAACAGAAUUUUCUAGAUAACUUUCCCAGCAACGACAUCAUGUCUUUUAUUGCAAGAAUAUUUCUGCUGUUCCAGAUGAUUACAGUAUACCCACUGUUGGGCUAUCUGGCACGGGUCCAGCUAUUAAGACAGGUUUUUGGAAACGCUUACCCAAGUGUUUUCCAUGUGCUUGCUCUGAACGUAGCAAUUGUAGGAGCUGGAGUAGCAAUGGCAAGAUUUUAUCCAAAUAUUGGAGGUAUCAUAAGAUACUCUGGAGCAACGUGUGGUCUGGCCUUUGUCUUUGUGUAUCCAUCACUCAUCUACGUGAUCUCCAUGCAUCGUGCUGGGCAGCUGACGUGGCCAGCGUUGAUCAUUCACAUCUUUAUAAUCCUCCUUGGACUGGCUAAUCUGAUUGCACAAUUUCUAUUCUGAAAAUCCCUUUCUCCCUGUGGCUGUCACGAGUGAUACUGUGACAUUUGGCCACAGCCUUGAGCAACAUUAUCACACUUGAUAAUGCAAUCAUCUUGAGAAAAGCUGCACCUUUGAAAUAAAUUCAAAACACAUCUUACAGGCACUUGAAAGAAAACCUGCUUUGUUCCACUAAAAACACAAUUUUGAGAUUAGUGAAAUACUUCAAAUAUGAUUGGAGUGGUUCAGUUGCUGUUGAAUAUACAUCAAGGGUUAAUGAUGGUCAGAUAUUUUAAUUUUUUAGAGCUAACUUCUCAAAACACUCAGCUUGCAGCCUUAAGCUGUAGGACUCCUCUUUCUUUUGAAAGAACUGUCCUUACCUUUAAUCUGAACGUGUUUCUGUGGUAUUGUUCACUAGCUGUUUGAAAUGUUCUUUUGUUGCAAUUGUUUUACUGUUUUGUUUGGAAAAUGAAGAAAUCAUUUUCUUCCCUUUUUUUCUUUUACUUUUUUACUUUUUUAAAGUUAAUUUAUUGUCAUUUGGGUCAAAAUGCGCUCUUAAUUUUGAAUAUGCUAUUAAAUUGUUUUGGCAACAUUCUUCCUGUAAAAAAUUCCAACUACAAGAAACAAUAAACUCUUAUCCCAGUGUUUUAUUCAGAACCAAUAUGUACACAAGCUAUUUGUGAUCUUAAAAUGAAAAACAUCAGGGGGUUGAAAAAAAAAUAAAACAAGACUCAAUUAAAAUCA